AUGAAUCUCUGGGUGGCUAUACUGGUUCAUUUACUCCUGCUUGUUGACAAGGCUGGUUCUAAAAAAGGUGUCAAAUGUGGAGGGAUCCUCUCUGCUCCAUCUGGGAAUAUCUCCAGUCCAAACUUUCCAGGCCUGUAUCCAUACAACAUUGACUGCUCCUGGCUAAUAGUCGUAGCAGAGGGUUCCUCUGUCCUCCUUACCUUUCACCACUUUGAACUGGAGUACCAUGCCAACUGCGCUUACGACUACAUCAAGAUCUACAAUGGCAUAUCUGAGGAUGAGGGGAACCUCCUCGGGAUAUUUUGUGGGGACAUCUCCCCGCCCCAGUUUACCUCUUCUUGGAAUGUCAUGUCGAUUAUCUUCCAUUCAGACCGCCAUGUGGCCCAGAGGGGAUUCAGUGUUGGCUAUAGAAAAGAUAUGUGUGGUGGUGUCCUGACUGGCCUUUCCGGUGUCAUCUCCAGUCCAGGGUAUCCUCGGGAGUACAGUAACAAUGCAGACUGCUCCUGGGCCAUCCACGUGUCCAAUAACAGUGUGGUCACCUUGGUCUUCUUGGACUUCCAGUUGGAAGACAAUGAAGGAUGUAAUUUUGACUUUGUCGCCUUGUUUGAUGGCCCGACAGUCACCCACCGCCACCUUGGCAAAUACUGCGGGGCAGAUAAACCCCCGAACAUCGUCACCACCUCCAACCAGCUUCUGGUGGUCUUCAAGUCGGACUUCAACAUUGGUGGACGUGGGUUCAAGGCCUACUAUUACUCUGGUGAAUGCCAGCAGUUUCUGUCAGCUGUAAGUGGCGACUUCAGCAGCCCCCAUUUUCCAAACAUCUACCCAAACAACAUCAACUGCCACUGGAGCAUCACUCUAGCAGCCGGAUACCGCAUCAAACUCUUCUUCCCCAUCAUGGACCUGGAGGACCGCAACAGUCUGUCGGACGAGUGCGACUACGACUCCAUCGCAGUUUACGACGGGGACAGUCAGACAGACACACUGCUGGGGCGCUGGUGCGGCAGAGAGAAGCCUCCCUCUCUGGUCUCAAAGAGCAACAAGUUGCUGGUGGUGCUCAGCACGGACCGAAAUGUAGCUCAUAGAGGCUUCACUGCUUCUUAUCUCGGAGUGGUUCCUGUCAAUGUUAGCUGCACUAGAUCAGAAUUCACCAUUCUGAUACCGCAGCAGUCCUUACCUCAGCUGGAGCGCGAGAGGAUCUACCUGGGGAACCCAACCUGUGCGGCCCAGCUGACAGCCACCUCUUACAAGAUACUCACCCAGUUUGUCAACUGUGGUACUGCCAGCCAGAAACAUGGGAACAUCACCAUGCUGGUAAACAAACUCUACAUCGAUUUCUCGGAUGGGAAGCGGCAGAAUGUGCAGGAAUAUAAGGUGAAGUGUGAUGCCCUGCGGAAGAUAGCAUCGGUGUCCAUCAUUUCAGCAGAGGAGCGUCGUCUGGAGGAGCAGAACCAGCAAACUGACAGUGUCGAUAAUAGUGACACAGAGGGUCCUAAAGCUGAGCCUCAUGACCUGAGCGACAUCGUCUUCAUUAGCAUCUGUGUUCUAGCUGUGAUUCUCAUGGUGAUUGCCAUAAUCUGGCUGGUGCUGCUGUAG